UCCAUUUCUAGUGAUUUCCAAACGUUUUAAGAUUUUACUUUGUGAUAAAAGGUGAAACUUCAAACAAAGAAAUAAAAAGAACAUAUUUUUUAAGCAAGGCGUUACCAAGCUUAAGUGUAUGUUUGCAAGAUUUUUGCUGAUAAACAAUUAUGCAUCGUUGUAGUGUUUUUACAAACUCUUGUCUAAGAGUUCCUGUAGAUCCAUUAAGUAAAAUGCCUAAUACAGCAUAUGAAAGAAGGGAGAAAAAUAUUUUAAAUGAACAAUUAUCUAUCGAUUCAUCAACAACGGUUUCAAUGUCUGGAGAAGAUUUGGACUCAAAAAAAUUAAAAGAUUUUUAUCGCAGUAUACCCGACUAUAGUGACAUAAAUCAUUUACCUGCGAGUGAGUUCUAUUCUACAUUAAGAUCCUUAAGAGAAAAAAAGAAAAUAAUGUUGGGUCAUGCGAUAGAGCACAUUGACCAUGAUAAAACGUUCGACGACCAAGACUUAGAUUCGAUCAUUAAAUCUCCACAGUUACACAAUAUUAAAAAAGACAUGAAAGUACCGCAACGGCGAAAAUUUUCCCUUGAGACAGGUCGUGGUAGCAUUAUGCAGAACAAUACAAAAAAAUCUUGUGAAAACCUAACGAAAAAUCAUAACAAGACGAAAACACUUAUCGAUCCGAAAAAUACGUAUGCCGUCGAGGUAAAAAGUUGUGAGAACGAGCAGAUUAAGCCUAAAACUAUACAAAGUUCCCUAAUCGUUACUGGAACUUCAAAAACUGACCGCCCAAAAAGAAAUCAUUCCGCAUGUUCUAUAACAUGGCAUGAUGAUAAAAUUGAACGCAAAAAUGAAAUCGAUGAAAAAUUUGAUAAGUUUUUUGACAGGGUAGGUAAUUUUAAUGUAUCAAAUGACGGUAGCGAGUAUCAAACACAAAGUAUGCCGACUAGCCCUUUACGGACAAGAAAGACUAGGCCGAAAUACAAAAAUAUAACAAUACCUAAGCCGUUCAAAAUGACUGAAAGAGAUGAAGAGGAACGUAUAGUAAAUGAACUACGAACAAUUCAAAAAUCUUUUUCUGAUGACAUGCUGAAUCAAAAGUUAGAGAGAAAGCCAUUCAAGGCAAGACCAGUUCCGGUAGAAUCUAGGAUUCCCUUAUACGACAAGAUACUGGAGGAUCAAGCUAUGAGGCGAGCUGUAAGUAAAAUAAAUAGCGAAGCAGAACUUAGAGCUCGAAUGAAACCAUUUAGUUUCACUAAACGAGAAGAAAAUGGCAGUGAUAAUACUUGCGAAAGAGCACAACAUAUUCUACCGAAAAGUAAGAAGAAAAGGCGUUUCAAAGCCCGACCUGUGCCUAAAAAUUUGUUUUCCAAUUAUUUUUACGACAAAAGCAGGGAAAAUAAUUUUUUUCGGUCUAUGAAUAGGAGAAUCAGAGCUGAAGAAAUGUUACGAAACGCUAGUUUUCCUGGAAAUAUGGCGAUGCGGGAGCGUAGUCGGUUAUCGACUCCUGCGGCCCACAGUGACUUGCCGAUCGAUCCAUCGCUUGCUGGGGCGUCAGUGUCAUCAGCUGAUAAUCUUCGAUCAAUAAGCCCUACAAAGGGUUUCCGAAAAUCGUCGAAAAACGCUAAAGACAACUUUAUCACGACCAGUCCUCAACCAUUUCGAUUUAAUACGGCUGAUAGAGCAAAUAAAAAGAUGCAGGAUAUACAAAAGAAGGUAUGCCAAGGCAGCAAUUGCUCCGAGAGUUCUGUCCACCAUGGCAUAAGUGAAACAACCAAAGCGUAUUCUGCUCUUGAUUUAAAUAGUAUCGCAGUUGGAAGAUCUAACUUAGCUGCUUUAUUGAGGGCAGAGGCCGUAAGAAGGAAGUUCGAACAAGAAGCCGACAGACGUUUAUCGGAGCAACGCAGGAAAACAGAAUCAAAAUACAGAGAUCGGCAAUUAAGAUCGAAACCUGCCUGGCAUCUUGUGAAGAAUAACCACGAAGAGGAUAUAGCAAUGAGGCUGCAAACCCGCAAAGACGAAGAAAGGCUGAGAAAAGAGGAAUUUCUUCACGAAAUGGAAUUAAUGUAUGGACGAGUUCAGCAGCAACCCUUGUUAUUUGAAAGAUAUUAUGCACCACGACCUCCUAAUACUGAAAUUGAUUUUUCACAAUUAUUGUCUCCUCGUAAGAGCCCUAAAAAGAAGAACUUGCGAAAAAAGAAGAUGUGUAGUAUUGUAACCCCAUCUAGAUCUUCGGAUUAUCAAGACGAUGCAUACAAUUAUUUGGGAAAAAUUGAUAAAAACGAUAAAUUUUAUCAAGAUCUCGAUAUUAUUUAAAGUUUGGGACGAUGCUAAUUGAAAAGUGUAUCAAUGAAUUUUAAUACUCAAUCGUUUAUACAUUA